CCUCGCACCUCCCCCGCCCGCCCCCCGGGGGAGGGGCGGCCCGGCCACGUGACCAGCUCCCGGCGGCCCCGGGCCCAGCGCCGUGCCCUUGGCGCAGCUAUGGCCGCCCGCUUGCUGCCCGCCGCCCGGUUUAUCAUCAAAGGAAGCCUGGCUGGAGCUGCUGUAUAUGUGGCAUAUGAUCAGGGAUUGCUGGGCAGUGGCGCAGAAGGUGCUGAAGCCCUCAAAAAAGCUCAAACAGUACUGCCUCCAGCUAUCAAAGAAUGGACAAGUUACGUAGGCUGGGAGCUCCCGCCCACUCCAAAAAUUGACUUUUCCCCCUCUGAUUCCUGGAAUAAAGGAGUGCAGACAGUCAUGUCUGCUUUAUCUGUAGCUCCCACCAGGGCCUGUGAAUACACUCUGGAAGGCUGGAAGUAUAUGAAGGAUCUUGUCAAAUGAAAACAUUCUCCAGGAUUCAUGGUUCUCUCUAUGGUGUAUUCUUUUUGGGAUGAUAUAUAGUCCAUCCCUCUAGAUGGCAGCUCAGCCAUGCAAGGGCUACAAUAAAAGACUGUGGAACAUC